CUAAAAUGAACGUAGCGCAUUCAGUGAAGUAAUUUUUUGUCAUUCAAAUGAGAAGAGACUAAACGAGUCAGUUGAGAAAUAUCAACAGUCAUAAUAGAUCGGUUGAUUAAUCUAAGUAUUUUUAAUCAGGCUGUACUCAAUUGCGUUCUACAUAAUAAAUAUUUCACUGUCGCCCUUUUCCGGCUUUGGGAGUUUAGCAAAAAGGGAGCUCACUCCUACGUAAAUGCUUAUUUCAGUACUUAAGCUGACUUCAUGAAACAUUUUUUCAACGGAAUGUUUGUUCUCAAUUUUGUGUGGAAAACUCGUCGGAAAGAUAAGGAUGCAGUGGCGCCCUCUCAAGAAGAGUCGAAGUUAUAUCUGGAGCCCGCAGUACUUGAAUCUACAAUCGAAGAAAGCAUGUUACGGGAAGUAGUAGAACUUCCAACAGGUUUGGAUUACACCGAAUGGCUGGCGUCUCACACAUUAGCAUUUUUUGACCAUGUCAACCUAAUCUAUGGAACAGUAUCAGAAUUCUGUACAAUGUCAGGUUGUCCAGACAUGAUUGGUCCCUGCAAUAGACAGUAUCUGUGGUUUGAUGAGAAAGGGAAGAAAUGUAAGGUUGCAGCCCCACAAUAUGUAGAUUAUGUGAUGACAUUUACACAGAAAACUGUGAAUGAUGAAUCUGUGUUUCCUACAAAGUUUGAUAAGGAGUUCCCAACAUCUUUUGAAUCCAUAGUGAAGAAAAUUCACAGGUUAUUGUUCCACGUGAUAGCCCAUGUUUACCAGGCUCAUAUCAAGGAAGUAGUUCUUCUUAAUCUGCAUGCUCAUCUCAACACACUCUUCUCUCACUUUAUGAUCUUCAACAAACAAUUCUGUCUCGUAGAUGAAAAAGAGACUGAAGUGCUUCAGGACUUAGCUGUUGCAUUGAAACUGUACUCCUCGGAAGAUGAGAAGAGAGAAACUGAUGAGCAGAAUGACACUGGAAAAGAGGUUAACAUAGACAGAAGCAAGCAUCUUGUGAUUGAGAAUUCAGCAGAGUCUGGAGCUCCAGAAAAUGAUUUAUUUAUUAAAGAAGGAAAUAAAAGAUCUGCAUCCCCUUGCAUUGUUUCCCAGUCGGUAUCUACUCCCUUUAUAUCAUCAUCUAUAACGGCCUUACACACGCGAGCUAAUUCAGGUGGACCUUCAAACACCAAUUCUUGUGCAAUGGACACUACAAUAUUUACUGGUGGUUCUUCCUUUGCAGCUUCUUGUGGGUCUUCACCGGUGAAGUUCCAAUAGUCAGUACCUUAUUGGGCCUACUCUUACUGCAUUGGUGAUGAUCACAACAUCAGAAUUUACGUGAACAGAUUUCAGAAGCAUGUUUUUGAAGAGAGUGUGAAUGAUCAUGCUUAGGUUACUGUUAGUCAGCACAUAACCAUCUUUAUUGAUACCUUCAUCUGGAGACAGGUACAUGUGCUAGUAGUUUGGUGUUUUGUGUCAUUCCCAUUGCAGGAAGCUCUUUAUCAAAUCAAGUUUGCACCUAGAAGCUAGGUAGUUUAGCUUCAUCACAGAAGAUAGCAUUGGGAGACUGGGUGUCAAACUCAUCACUCAACAAAUUUAAAACUAAGCUGUUAUAGUUUGAAGCAGGGAAGUAUUUAGAUUAUUUGGGUGAGCCAGUUUAUAGUAUUUGUUAGAGUUACUCCCUCCCCCCCUUCUAUAAAACUGUUCAGAUUUUUUUUUUAAAUAAACUGAAUUUUUUUCUAGUUUACAACUGUUAAAAGUAUUUAUUUUGAUGUAAAAAGUUUUUCCCCUUUUAAUUAUGUCAUAACUUUCUGUUUGUGAUAGUGAACAAUUGAAAUGGUUUUAAAUUUAAGAAGUAGGGUUUUUAGAAAUUUUCCUUGAACUUUGCAUUGAUAUAUUUUUAAAAAGUCCAUUUGGUUUGUAUCAUGAGUGAAAUUUUAUUGUUUGUAUUAUUUUAAUUAAAAAUAGUGUUAAAGGUUUUCAUAUUUUGCUUAUUUCUGAGCUGUAGGUAGUUAAGAAACAAAAUUCGUGGCACAAUUAUUAAAUAGAACUGUAUAAUAGUUUAAAAAUUUCGAUCUUUUAUACUCUUAAAGAAAAAAGAAUUAGUUGAUAAAAUAUUUAAGUUCAGGAAGUGCUACAGGUUAUUAAGUUCUAUAUUAGAGGAAAAAAAAACAGUUAAAACUAGAAGAUAAAAAAUGGAAUUGGAUAUUUUAACACAAGUAGCUGGUGCUCUGAUUAUUCACUUCAGUGAGCAUUACAUUUUAAAUGAUUGUAUGCUAAUAGACUUAGUGUAACUAUAAUCUUAUAUGUGAAAAAACUUUAAGAAAUUUUGGAAUUUGGUAAAAUACUAGUUAGUACUUUCUUCCAACAUCUUUUAUUCACUAUUUAAAACAUGAAGUAUUCAUAUAAGAAAUUUAAAAUAUCAGACUUCCAGUGAAUGAAAACUUGGCAGAUGGCAUCGUUAAAUCAGAUUGGCUUCUGAUGUUUAUGAAAAAAGCUAGACAGUUGUGAGAUAAAAAUAAUAACUUUAAUCGUAAUAUAUCACUUAAAUAACUAACCAUUUGUAAAGUGUACUAUACACAAAUCUUUAUUAACAUGUACAUAUCAGUGUAGGUAACAGAUCCACUGUUAAAAAGCUUAUUUGCUUUAAGGGAAAAGUUCCUCAUACAAACUCUUUUACUGUAAGCCAAAGUCUUUUUUUUUAAGAUUUUUUGUUUCUUUACAUUAAGAAACAGUCUUUUUGUAUAGCCAUGUCUUUGUUAAAUGUAAGGAACAUUCUUUCUCUAUAGAGGAACAGACUAGCAUUAUACACCCUGUAUUUUUUUACUGUGAGAAGCAGAAUUCUGACACAGGCUGUAGGUAAUUUCUUAAAAGGAACUAAUUUGUUUGUUUAUAAUAAAGAACAGGCUUCUUGCACUGGCCCUGGAUAGUUCACUGAAAGGAACAGAUUUACUGUAUAGACCUUGUGUUUGUUUAUGGUAAGAAGUAAGCAUCUUGUAUAGACUUUGUGUUGUUUAUUGUAAGGAGUAGUCUCCUUCUACAGGUCCUGGGCAGUUUACUGAAAGGAGCAGAUUUACUGUAUAGACAUUGUGAUUGUUUAUGUUAAGGAGUAGUCUCUUUGUACAGGCCCUGGGUAGUUUACUGAAAGAAACAGAUUUACUGUAUAGACAUUGUGUUUGUUUAUAAUAAGGAGCAGGCAUCUUGUACCAUCCCUGGAGAGAUCACUGAAAGUAACAGAAUUACUGUAUAGACCAUGUGUUUGUUUGUGGUAGGGAGCAGCCAUCUUGUACAGGCCCUGGAUAGAUCACUGUAAGGAACAGAUUUACUGUAUAGACCUUGUGUUUGUUUGUGGUAGGGAGCAGGCAUCUUGUACCAUCCCUGAAGAGAUCACUGAAAGUAACAGAUUUACUGUAUAGACCUUGUGUUUGUUUGUGGUAGGGAGCAGGCAUAUUGUACCGUCCCUGGAGAGAUCACUAAAAGGAACAGAUUUACUGUAUAGACCUUGUGUUUGUUUGUGGUAGGGAGCAGGCAUCUUGUACUGUCCCUGGAUAGUUCACUGAAAGUAACAGAUUUACUGUAUAGACCUUGUGUUUGUUUGUGGUAGGGAGCAGGCAUCUUGUACAGGCCCUGGAUAGAUCACUGAAAGGAAGAGAUUUACUGUAUAGACCUUGUGUUUGUUUGUGGUAGGGAGCAGGCAUCUUGUACCGUCCCUGGAGAGAUCACUGAAAGUAACAGAAUUACUGUAUAGACCUUGUGUUUGUUUGUGGUAGGGAGCAGGCAUAUUGUACUGUCCCUGGAUAGUUCACUGAAAGUAACAGAAUUACUGUAUAGACCUUGUGUUUGUUUGUGGUAGGGAGCAGGCAUCUUGUACAAGCUCUAGAUGGUUUACUGCUGUGUUUUCCAAACUUUUUUUUCACUGAUGACACCCUAACCAACUUACCUUGAUUACAUUGACAUCCCUGUUGCCACAAGCAAUACAUUUUUAUGAUCUUAACUAUUCUUCAUCUGAUAAAACUCUCACACAGUUUUGAAACUACUAAGUUUCAUGAACGAAACAGACUUGCUGCUUAGACUGUUUUUUCAAGUGUAAAAAACAUUUAUAUUGUUGAAUUGUUGUGUUUGGUUCAUACAAGUGUGAUGUCAGCUUAGUUUCGUGUACAAUAAGUAAGAAUUUUACCAUGAACCUGUGUGGAACAUCCAGGCUGCUUAUGGGUAACUGUGUGUUCUUCAUAUCAUGAACACAUACUGAAAUUUUGAAUGAACCACAAAUGCUUCCUCUGUUUCUUAUUGAAAAUUUCCUCUAAUAAAAUAUGUACUAUUUGUAACUUCUCAUGCUCAGUUCUAGAAAAGGUUGUAGGAUUUUUUUAAAUGGACUUGAAAUUCUUUACCUGAUAGUUUUAUUUAAAAAAUGUUAGGUGAGAACGUUAAUUUUUAUUUCGGUGUUUUAGUUGUAUGUUAUUGUUGUCAGUGGUUAGAUUUUUCUGAAUUAAAAGUUGUCUUCUAUUUUAAAAAAGCGUUUCUAAGUUUAAGUUAACACUCUUCUAAAGCUAUUUUAGUAACUUCCAGAACUUUUUUAAAAUCAACAUUUGAUAGAAAUGAAGUAAUAAUUUAUUUGGUACUGAUAAGUUUUGUUGUUAAAGUCUCUUGCCCCUUAAUGUCUAGCUACAGAGAAAAUUGAGUAUUUGUUCAGUUAUUUUGCUGCUGUAUUCUAUUGGGAAUGUGUAGUUGCUAUAGUUUUGUUUCUAACUUUACUGUUCUGGCUGUAUUAAGAGAUUUUUUACUAUCACAUUCUUGUGACCUUCUUUUCAGUGUGGAUCAGAAUCUUAUGUUUUGAAUAUAUAAUCUGGUUUGAGGAUGUGAGUUGUUCUCAUUUCUUGCUGUGAUGACUUAUGAUUACCUUCACAUUCCUGCACUUGAAUAGGUUAUUAUGGUCAGAAUGACACCAGUCAUUAUGUAAAAAAAAAAUACUAGGAGGUUACUGGACUUGAGUCACUCAAAGAAACAACUUAUUAGAAAUUUCUCAUUUGUGAUACAACAAAUUUUAUAGUUGAGAAAAUCUGAAUAUAUGUAAAUUCAAUGAGAAAAAGUACUUGAAUAAAUGCACCUUCAAUUUCAACUUUGGUGCAUGAUUUAAUCUAAGUUAACAUUUUUAUUUACAAGUUAUACUACUGUGAUUCAUGUAACUUUUGAUUUGUGUGUAAAAAAAACCAAUAUCAGUAGGACCUGAAAAUGUUGAAAAUAGAAGGUUUUAUUUUGUAACCAAAUUAUGAAGCUGCCGAUUAUUACUAUUAUUUUUAAGAAACUCUAUAACCCUAACUGAUUUUAUUUGUGUAUGUGAAUAUGUCUCUGGAGCUGGUAUGUUGGAGAUUUUGUAGAUGUAUGUAUAUAUUUAAGAAGGUAUUCUAUUUAAGAGAGUAAAGUUUUGAACCUGGUAAAACUUGAUAAAGGGCUUAAUCUAAAGUGUGGUGUAAGGUAAACCUCAUUUCAGAAUACUUACCAGGUAAUGUUGCCUUGAUAAUGAAGAAACCAUAAGAGCCUUAUCACAAAGAAGUGUACAUUGAUGGCGUUGUUAGAGAUAGUUAUUUCUUGUAUAGAUAGUUGACUAUUAGCUUGUACAUAAAGAAAUCACGUUAUUAAGUUGAUGUUAAACCUUGAAUGUCAGUUUACGUUACACCAACAUAUCGUACAUACUGACUUCUCUUUCUUCUGUCGGUAACAAGGGAUGUAACCACCAGAACGCUUCUUUCAAUAGCUUGAGAAGAGCCUUGAAAAGACAACGAUAUCCAGUACUAGAUGAACCAAAAAAAAAAAUCUUUAACUGUGGCAAUACUUAGGCUCAUCUCAUACCUGUUGCCAUAGUGAGUCAUCUUUCUUGCUCAUUUGAUUAUUAAAUGAUGGAUCAGACACGUUUAGAAAGACUAUGCGACGUUGCUGUAAUUUACGGAGAUUCCCUUCUCUCUGGCUGUGACUGUGUAGCAGAUCAGUACUCUUAAGCUUUGCUUUUCUGUACUUGCAUCUCGUCUAGUAAUCUGUUCUUCCGUAGACUCUAGUUAGUUUUAAGGAAUUCUGGAAACUUAGAACUAAAUCCUUAGCUCUGUAGUCAGAUUUUUUGUAGAUGUUAUCUCAUUUUAUCUUUCCGAUAUCACUAGAAAGAAAAAUAAUUGUUGUGAAUUAACUCCCUCUGAUACAAUUGAAAAACGGCUCCUUUUGUGUUAUAAACCUACUGGUAAAGAAGAGUGACGUAAAUAACUACAGUCACCUGUUGUUGUUUUUUUCUAGAGCUUUAAGUAAUAUUUGUCAAAUAAAAAAGAUAACAUUAGUAAUUUUCACUUCACAAAAAAAGCUUUAUAUCACCAGAAACUACGUAAUGUCUGUGGGUACGUAGUUUGUACUUGUUAAAUACAUAGAUAUAGCUGAUGAUGCCUAAAGGUCAAAUUGACAAUGAGUAUUUAUUUUGCAACGCAGUGAACUUUGUUGAAUAAGAGAAUAUUUUGUUAAGUGUAGAAGUACUGAAUGUCCAUAGCCAUGAAUAGCUUGAAUGACCUGUCUGUACAAGCUGUAAUUUCUGUUAGUUACAAUGUGUUAGUUUAAUAUGGAGUUAACUAACUGUAGAAUACACGCUUUAUAAAAAGUAUUCUUUGUUGAAGAUAGAUAUUGUUGCAGUUCUCUAAAUGUAGGCCAAAAUUGAGAGAGAAAUCUAUAUAGUAUAUAUAUAGAGACAAAUUUGGAAAAAACAGUGAAUUUUAAAACAACCCUGAAUGCAUACAGAGGUUGAGUACAUUAUAUUAAAACGAUUUUGGAGCCUGACCACGUCGUUAUAGUCCAUUUCGCUAUGUCCGAUCAAGCUCUUAAUAGGUAACAAGGGGUCCGGGGUGGCACAACAAAAAGCAUGUUUAUGGGGAGGGGCACCUUAAAAGUAUGUGCACCACUGCUCAAACUAACAACCAUGCAUAUCUUGACAAUGUCACUGCAGCAUAUUUUCCAUUAUAAAAGGCUCACUUGUAAGGUUGUCAUGCUUAAGACACACCAUACCUCACUGCAUCUAAGUGUACGAGAACGACGAUGAACCUGUUUCAACACUCCAAUCACAUAGAAAUUCGUGCACGCUGGGUCCUGGGCGAAUUGACCAAUGUGUCUCUUAUAGAAUAGCAUGAAUACCCGUUUCGUUCUCCAGCUGUUUGAGGUUCUCGAUGGUUGAUUGUAUACGCGUGAUUUGUGUCACUUUUCCAGACUAUGUUGUGUACUGUUGCCUGUGGUACGUGGGCGGUUUUUGCUACUGACCUUGGUGUUCGUGGAUCCUCGCCUGUUACAAGAUGACUGGGGUAGACUAAUUGCAGGUCCUUUGAGUAUUAAGAGAUGAGGAUCUCAUUAGAUGAUUAAUACUGGGACCCCUUUUCAGUGGAAAUAUAUAGAAUAAUCGCUUAAAAAAUUUCCUCUGUGAAGCUGAUCACGAUAUUAAAUUUUAGCUGGUCUCUUUUUGGAUGGUCCUGAUACUCCGUUUGGAUCUAUAUUCCUUUGUUUUCAAACAUCAUUUAAUACAAGGUAUACAUCCCUUCUUUGAAAUCUUAAAUCUCCAAUCUGAACAUGUUUUGUGAUAUGAAUGUGCGAAUAUUUUGCGUAGGAGGGGGAUGUACUCUUCCCAAACGACGAUAAAGUUUCGGUGGUAUCACACUACCUACGCAACCCCCAAACAAUGUCAAAAUGUAUCUUUGACACAUUCCGAUCCAAUGCCAGCUUAUAUCGGCUGUGAUUGUCACGUGACUUCCUGAUUUGCAUAUUCAAUUAAUAUAACGUACUCAACCCUGUAUAUUUGUAUGGCACGUUUAAUGUUAUCUGUUGUAAAAUGGUGUUACAUGUAAGCUUCUACAAUGUAAAAUUAAACAAGCACUACUUCUUAAUAUUUUGUACAGAUGGCGCUACCUUGACAACACUUCUGUUUAUCAUCUUGAGAAACAGUUCGAAAUGUUUUAUAAUUCACAGUUUUUCUAUCUCGGUAAUUGAAACAAUAUUUGUUCUUUGAUUAUUCAAAGUGUUAUAAAAAAUAUACAACAAGUUGUCAACCAUUCUUAUUUCCUGUUUUAGUUCAAGCUGUUAUCUUUGGCUGUCUAUUUGUAUACUAGCACUGGUUACACUUUACCGUUUUUGUCUUGUAUAAAGAUUUAAGGACAUGCUAGUCACCGACAAAAUAAUAAAAUAUUUAGAGGAAUUA